CUAGCUUGUGCGCGGGGCGUGGAGGGGAGGAACGAGAGAUCAUCGGAAAGGGCUGUUGAGUACUUUGGACCAUGCAUGCUUUUUUAAAAUAAGCGGUGCCGUUUGCAGCAAGCUCUGUGCACUGGAUCCUGCAGACAUCGCCCCCUUCUUCACCCCCCGCCGCCACCCCGCAUCUGCUUCAAGGCGUGCCGUUUCUGUUCUUCAUUUCUGGGAAACCAUGGACAAGAAACAAGAUCCCAGAGGAUCUUUAGAGCCAACCAAGCCAGUGAAAGGCAAGAAAAAACGGGAUCUGAAAAUAACAUGUCCCCCCAUCAAGCAACCUGUCGUGAACCCAACGCCCCCGAGGAACUUGGACUCCAGAACCUUCAUUACGAUUGGAGAUAAAAACUUUGAAGUGGAGGCCGAUGAUUUGGUGACCAUUUCGGAGCUGGGCCGUGGGGCCUAUGGAGUGGUGGAGAAAGUACGGCAUGCGCAGAGUGGCACCAUCAUGGCUGUCAAGAGAAUCCGAGCGACCGUGAACACUCAGGAGCAGAAGAGGUUACUGAUGGACUUGGACAUCUCCAUGAGGACAGUAGACUGCUUCUAUACAGUCACCUUCUAUGGAGCCCUCUUCCGAGAGGGCGACGUGUGGAUCUGCAUGGAGCUGAUGGACACGUCUCUGGAUAAAUUCUACAAGAAGGUGCUGGAGAAGAAGAAGACGAUCCCCGAGGAUAUUCUUGGGAAGAUCGCUGUGUCUAUUGUGCGAGCACUGGAGCAUUUGCACAGUAAACUGUCAGUGAUUCACAGAGAUGUGAAGCCUUCCAACGUUCUCAUUAACAAGGAGGGGCAUGUGAAAAUGUGCGACUUUGGAAUCAGUGGCUACUUGGUGGACUCCGUUGCUAAGACCAUGGACGCUGGCUGUAAACCCUACAUGGCUCCCGAGAGAAUAAACCCGGAACUGAACCAGAAGGGCUACAACGUGAAGUCCGACGUGUGGAGUCUUGGAAUCACAAUGAUCGAGAUGGCCAUUCUCCGCUUCCCCUACGAGUCCUGGGGUACCCCCUUCCAGCAACUCAAGCAAGUAGUAGAGGAGCCUUCGCCCCAGCUCCCUGCGGAUCGCUUCUCAAAGGAGUUUGUGGACUUCACAGCACAGUGCUUAAGGAAGAACCCUGCAGAACGAAUGAACUAUUUAGAACUUAUGGAACAUCCUUUCUUUACCUUGCACAACACCAAAGAGACUGACAUGGUCUCCUUCGUGACAGAGAUCCUCGGGGAAGACUCCUAACUCACCAGCCUCGCUGCCACGUACAGUCACUUCAAACCAACGUCCUGGCUUCCCUGCACAAGAGAGAAUGAGGACUCAUGUUCACGGUGGUUUGCACAAAUUGCAUCUCCCCUGCCUGUGUUCAUCUCCAAGCCAGCUGAGCGCGGGGGCACUCUGGUUUUUAUCACCUGUACGCUGAAAGGGACACAGGAAGGACCUUGGAAAUUGACACACGUAGUGGUCACUGCCGUUACUGACUAACCCAUGGGACCGAGUGGGUUCAGGAGAUGACCUGCUGGGGCCAGACAUUCCUCCUCAGUUGUGUCAGGGGAACCAGACUCCUGGUAUCUGAGUUGAGGAAUCUGCUAUGCCCGAGGAUGGGGCCGGGGGAGUAUGAAAGUGCCCUCCCCCACUACCAGUCUGGUUUCGGCAGUGAAGGGUCCAGAGAAUAUUUGCACUUGCUCCCUCCAUUGUGCAGCAGAGCCAAGAGAUCCUUCUUGCACUCUCCAGUCUCCUGUCCCUGCCUCUCCGAGACCUGGAGAGGUGGGGAGGGGGGUCUCUUCCUGAGCCACUGGGGGCCAGAGGGUGCACGGGCUGCCUCCAUCAGAGUUCAGUCUUGUUCCGCCCUCACCGCCCAGUACCCUGGCUGCGGGGAUCCCACAGGUCUCUAUUCAGAAAGGGGUCUGUGGAAAUCUGUGCACAGCUGCAGUUUGCUGCUGCUUGUGGAAGAGGUGGCGGGGGGUGUCAUGGCUCCAGGAUCAGAAGUGCGUGGCUCUCGAAGGCCGAGGUGCCCCUCCCUUCCCAGAGCCCUCUUGAGGCAAACCCACAAACAGGUCAGGUCUCCCUAGACUGUUACAGUGACCCCCCCACACACACCCUCACUCAAAAGCCUGUUCAAACAGUCCCAGCUUGUUCUAAGCUCCUGCACCCACGCUCCCUGGGGGUCUGCGUUCCCGUCUCGGAUCGGUGACCCGCUUCCCCACUCACACUGGCCAGUGCACCCCUGUCCAAAUGGACACAGGCCCAUAGUAUUUGGGGAGAGGGUUCAACGGGCACCCCUCCCCCAAUAAACCGGGCUGGGAUUGGCUAGGCAGUUAGGCGGCCAGCUCCCAUUGGCAGUCAGUGAGUUAGGUGCCAAAAUCCCACCCUCAGCGGGAUUUCAGAUGUUCAUAGAGGCUAUGACUUGUCCCCCUUCCCUCUGCCCCCUGGGGCUGGGCCCUCCCACCCGGAGCUCAAGAACUGACCCAGCACUGUGACUCUUGUUGGUUUCUGAGGUUGCUUUAAUACCUACUCAGUCCUGUGUUAACCAAAAAAAAAAUCGAUGUAAAGCCAAUGAUGUGUAGAGGUGGUGUCGGUAAUUGUACAUUUUGAUGUGUAUAUACAAUGGACUUUGUAACUCAUUUCCUAGUUUUAAUCGAACUAGCUAUAAAUUAAACCCUUUCCUUGUGGGAGGAAGGGGGCUUCCCCUUCCUUAACAAAUCCACUGUGAAAACCGGAUGAUGGGUCCCCCCUCCCGCAGCCAUAGACGCCUUUAAAUGGGCCGGGGAACGGAGGAAUGAUCUGAUUUCUGCUGUGUGUGAUCACAGAAUGCACAUGCCAUAUGUGGAUGACGUUUUUAAAAUGAAUGAGUUUUCUGAUUUUUUUCCCCCCUUUCCAAUACAUAUUUGUGUGUGUGCGUGUGUGUAUAUAUAUAUGUAUAUUUUUAAAUCCACUGAUGAACAUACAAAUGUAUAUGUGGCUAGUGGGUUGGUGAAUGCUAGCAACUUUCUGGUUACAUUUGGGGUGGCCGGGAUGGGUCACAACAAGGCCUAAGAAUUGUGGGGUUAUUUGGGUUUUGUUGGUAAAAAUGCAUCUUUUUAACCAAACCUCUUUAAAGACCCCUCUUGGAACUUUGUACGUGGGAGAUCUGGCUUUCAGGGUGCAGCUCCAUUGACUUGUGCCCUGCCCCUUUAUAAAUCAGGUGCCCUGA